AUGCCGCAUCAAGACGAUGUUGGGCCGUCCGCGCGUGCUCCAGAAAUUCACAUAGUCACACCCGAGGACCCCUCGCCCUCACACCCUCUGUCAUCUCGAGUUCCUUCUCCUGCAGGUUCCAGUACAUCAUCAGCAAAUGGCAACAAUCGAUCCACAGGGAGACAGGAUCAACACAAUUCAGGUCACGCAAAACAUGCAUCAUUUGCUUUGACAGUCAAUGAUAAUGAUGAUGAUGAAAGUGAAGAAACACCUCGGUCUGCCGCUGCUGACUUGAGCCCAGUAUCAAGUGAUUCCGUCAAGGAAAAACCAGAACGCACACGAAAGGAAACAGGCUGGAUGACAAAACCUAUGCUACUGAGUAGUUUAAGAAUUAGGAAGAUCCUUGGACACAGAUAUUUCAGCUGGGUAGGACCAAAGUUGACUUGGGGGAAUAUGAAGCCGGUAGCUAGAGGAUUCUUCUCCAGCUGGGUAGGGUUGGUGCUGCUGCUCAUCAUACCAGUCGAAAGAGCCCUUGGACAAGCAGCUUUCUUCAUGCUCGUGGUCGCCUUCAUGUUACCACCAAGUCAACCUGUCGUGCAGCAGUGUGAGGUGUAUCUGAACCUUUUCUUCUUCAAUGCUCUGGCGUGGGCUUGGGUCGCUCUUGGAGUAUUCAUAGCCGGUAAAACUAGACAACCGACUGAUCCUGCUAAGAUAGCAGCAGCAGAAGCGAAAUGGGCUUACUUGAGAGACGUAUCAGCUAGAGAAUAUCAAGCGAAAAUCCUAUAUGACGCUACGUAUCUGCAAGCAAAACCAGCCGUUGUUUGCGCUAUCUUCUUAUCUGUCGGUACCGGCGCUGCUCUUUGGUGGAAAUUACGUACUCAACCCAGUCCGGCAACUUUCCCCUUAGUCUUAUCUUGUGUAUUGAUUGAUAUCGGUAUGACCACAGCUGUUUUCUACCCCUAUGACCUCUAUACAUCCGGACUACUAUUCUUCCUUCCCAUGGCCGUCCAAGCGGCCUUGGGGAUUAUCGCUUCGUUGUUUAUCUUUCCUGAAUCCGUGGGUCAUUCAUUCCAAUCUAAAUUUCCAGGUAUUAUCAACCCAUUGGCUGCAGCAAUGAAGUCUAUAGACGAUCUUUUCCAACAAGCAAAACUGGACCCAUUAGAUUCCAACGGCAAUAGCGAACUACUGAGUGCUCAAGAUGUAUCGAGAGAGAAAGAAUUCGCCGCAAAACUAGAUGAUUGGGCAGAAAGGAGUAAAGAUAUCAGGCAGCAGUUAUUACAGUCCUUGGCGGGUUUACCUCCUCUAAGAGCACAGCAGAGGUACUUGAACGUGGAUUUCAGCUAUAGUCGACUAUCUGGAGAAGAUCUGAGAACAUUGUUCGACCUUAUCGCUUUAGUCCAGGCUAGAUCAGGAGGCAUGGCAUUCUUCUUCGACGUCAUUGUGACGAAUGCUCGACAUACACAUCUGGAUUCUUCCGCUUGGUCAGUACAUAAAAUUGCUCAGUCUCGUCCUGCAUCAAGACCUACGUCCAUACGAAAUGAGAGUAUAGACGACAGCCGAAGAGAUAGCUUAGCCGACGAUGCCAUACCCGGAGAUGGAGCUGUCACGCCACCGAUCGAUCACGACGAUUCUUACGAUCCAUCUAAUCAUGAGCGUAGUUCCUACUUGAGCGGAAAGAGGCUGCAUUUCUCCGCCUUCUUGAGGAAGAGUGGAUCGUCGCAUGCUUUAGGUAGAGACAAGGGAAGUCACGUCUCACUAUUGGAUCAUUUAAGAAAGAUACAACAACCUGUUGGAGUUUAUGAAAGUACCAGAUAUAUGGAUAUUGAAAAGAACUUUGCCAGCGAUACGGAACAUGUGCUGGAGCAGUUGAAUAUACUGGCACGGGGUUGCCUUCCAGUGAUUCGGUCAUGUGAGGCAGCCCUUUCUACUUCGACGAGCUGGGUGUCCAGCGUCAAUAGGGAUCGAGACCUACUGCCUCGUAGAAAAGGCAAGAAUGACAUGGACGAGAAAUCAUCGGGCGAAGGCGUCAAUAGACUAGUCCAGGUUACGAAUGAUCUACAAGCUGCAUUGGAUGAGUUCUGCGUUGCUCGAGUUGAGAUAAUAAAGCCAUAUCGUCACCUGUUCGAUCCCAAUCAUCCGGCUGAUGAAGCUUUACAUGGUCCAGAUAAAACCAAUUUUAGGGGGUUGUUCCAGAACUUUGUUGCGCAGUAUCAUCUCAUCGAAUUCACCGAAGCAUUACUGAAUCUCCUUCGACAUAUGCAAGAUAUAGAUAAAACCAGACAAAAGAGGAGAUUUUGGUACCCUCGAUUGGCUAAUCUACUUGCGCAUCUUCGUCAUUCACACAAAGAAAGACACUUGACUGACGGUGACGAUGGGCACGAUAACGAUGCUGCAUUUGCUCGAGGGGAUGAAGACGAAUAUCAAUUGUUGGGUGAAGUAAAAAAACGUAAUCCUGAAUAUAAGCCUUUCGAUAAUCCAUACUUGGAUGCUAUAUCUCGUCUUGCUGGAAUUGCCGAUAUUCUGGGAAGUAGGAGUUUCAUGUAUGCUAUCAAAGCUGCUGUUCUAGGAGCUCUGACUAGUUUACCUAAUUUCAUCGCUACUUCGGCCUCUUUCUAUUACUUCAAUCGAGGAAUUUGGUGUACUAUCAUGGCGCAAUUGACUUUAGCAGUGUUUUCGGGUGAUACAACGGUAGCUUGGCUGGGUCGAGUUGUGGCUUCGUUUUGGGGUUGCCUGUUUGGGAUGGUAGUUUGGUAUAUCGGCAGUGCGUCAGGACAAGGUAACGGGUACGGCCUGGCAGCAAUAUGUGCUGUGACUUUCCCAAUUGCCAUCUUCUUCCGUGUCCAUUUCCCUGGACAGGUCUUGACUGCGGUGAUGACCCCAGUAACAUUUGGGUUGGUCAUUGGUGAGUCAACCUGGAUGCAUGUGUUGUCCUAUUUCAACGGUACUAUCGGACCUCUCACAUAUGCUCAAUGGGGCUGGGACGUGGCUUGGCGUCGGUUCCUUUGCGUAUUGAUAGGCAUCACAGCAGCUUGGAUCUUUUCUUAUAUCCCUCCCGUGUACUCUGCCAAACGUGCGAUCCGAAGCUCCUACGCCCAAUCCAUAAACGCAGCUGGAUCGAUCUUUUGCGAUGUUCUUUCGCACGCUAAUGAUCACCGUCAUCAUCUUGAAGAGGACGAUGAAUUGCGGAAGAAACUGAUUACAUGGAGGAGUAAGCUGAACAAGCUUGGAGCUCGUCACAAUUUUGCCGCUAGUGAAUAUUCGCUUCGUGGUCAAUGGCCUGAAGAGAGAUAUAAAGCUCUUUUGGACACACUUCAAGAUAUCUUCUCUCUUCUUUCUCAGCUGAAUCACGUCCUUACACAGCUAGAUAGGCCGUGGCGAAAAGCGUUGCUUGAUCGGACCAGACUAUCUGAUCCUAUAUUCCUAGGUGAUGUCUUGGCUGUCCUGAGCAUGUGUUCCACUGCUUUAAGAGCUGGAACGGCCCUACCUCAAAUCACACCAAGUCCUUUAGUUGCUAGGUUUAGAAUGGGAAAAACAAAAGGUUUGGAUCUGCCUCAUGACCCAACUGAUCAAUCAGGAGAAUUACCAAGUCUAGUCACAGUGGAUGUACUAGAAUCAGAUAACUACCUCAGAUACGCAUUGGGUAUCACCACUACUUUUUCUUUAAUCUCAAGAUUGGACAGAAUAGUUGUCAUUUGUAAAACACUGUUAGGCGAGAACUUCCACAUAUCCGGAUUACAUCUGGAACAAAAUCACAGAGUAUAA